GUAACAAUUGUGUACAAGCCACCUAGCUAAUAAAAUAGUGGGGCUAGCGGUCGUUAGUUACAUUUCAACCAUAGCGAUUCCCUAAUCGAGGCGCAACAGAGUUCAGCGGCGAAUGCCGGAAAUAAUAACUAAACGAACGACAAAAUGGUGGAGGCUACCAGAAUGAAGAGACAUUUUUCCGAAAAAACGUGACAGGAACAUUCUCCCUCUGUCUCUGGAUGAGGGAACUGCAGAUUGAAAGUCCUCCUCCAACCAACUGCUGGUACCCGAAUGAAUUGUAGCCUGUCUCCUGAAAAACCAUCCUAUUUUUGUGGGACAUUUGCUGCAGACUAACCAAUCAGCAUCUUUAUUUGUAAUGCUGCCUGAAGAGUAACUUGGACAUUUUUAGCUUCCUUUCUUCCUUUUUAUUUUUUCCUGUGUUGCCCUUCUUGACCAGCAUGAUUUUCACCACAGCUGCUGUCCUUGGUGCUACGCUGGGCACUGCGUCAGGCAUCCUCACUCUCUGUGGGCUCUCACUGAUCUGCAGGUCCUGUAAGAAAGGCAAGUUGGAAAGUGGUGAAGAUGCAGACCCAGAGAAGGCUAAACCCAGUGUUCUGCACUCCUCAGAGAAGUUCAGUGUGGAAAAAUCCACAGAGCCCAUCCAACCAAGGACAUUGUUGAAAUUUCCUAAAAUAUACAAGCCCAAACCAUCUGUGACCUCAUCUGAGGUCAUCAGCUACCCUGAUCAUGCCUCAGAGAAGGGGGGCGAGCCCUCUCCCGAGAGACCCUCGACUGAGCCUGAUGCUGGUAACCAAGCAACUGACAGCUCUGACACAUUCACGAUCCUCAGACAAGACUCAAAGGACAAAACCCCCUGUGCAAGGGCUCUAACCAAUGGGAUGACAACAAGCAGCUCCAUCCUCCACCCUAAGCUGCAUUUCUCUCUCACCUAUUAUACAGACCAGAACGAGCUACACAUCACCGUGAUAGAAGCGGAGCAUUUGAGUGUGGGGUUGGGCUGUGAGGGCUAUGUGGCCGGAGUCCUGACCUUAGCAGCAGGACAGAGGGAGGCCCAGACUUCGUUGCGACGCCUGACCGGCCACACCCACUGGGAGGAAGGCCUGGUGUUCUCCCUACCAGGAGGGUAUGAGGUGGAGGGCGAAGUGGCUCUCUCCCUUCACAGUUGUGACCACUUCUCCCAGAACACCAACCUGGGCGUCAUGAGGUUCAAGCUGGUUGAUGUGGGCAUGAUGUCCAACGCAGACUGCUGGGUCGACCUACAACCACCAAAACAGGAUGUCCAGGCAGCUGGAGAGCUCCUGCUGUCUAUAAGUUACCUGCCUGCAGCCAACCGGCUGGGAGUAGUGGUGAUGAAGGCUCGAGGACUACAGUCAGACAAGCUGAAGAACUCCAUAGACCUGUCUGUGAAACUGGCCCUGAAGCACCAGACUACCAAGCUGAGGAGGAAGAAGAAGCAGACGCGACGGGUCAAGCACAAGAUGAACCCAGUGUGGAAUGAGAUGAUGAUGCUGGAGGUUCGCGAGCUGCUGUCUAAAUCCAGUCUGGACUUGGAGGUGUUGAACCAGGCAGGUCCUGGUGAGCAGGAGUCCCUGGGCCGCUGUCAGCUGGGUUUACAGGCCUCUAACACUGGCCUCCAACACUGGCAGCAAAUGCUAGACAACCCCCGUAAGCAGAUUGCCAUGUGGCACCCACUGUAUGACUAAGAUAACCACCUGUCCGCUUUGCCCUUCCAAAUACCCAAAUGGGGGGGGGGGGG